AUGAAAUCGCAAAGAUUCAUAUCAAAUUAUAAGUGCGAAUGCUAUGGCCAUACAAUUUGCAGUUGCUCGCGCGAAACAUCUGAAACCAAUAUCUUCACGGAGAAUGUCUACGAUGUGUCCGAGACGCUGGCGCAGAUCAUGGUCAUUUGCGGCAUUCACCAGGCCAAGGCGAAGGCGGCCAUCGAUGUGAUAAUUUACUCGUUCACUCAUUAUGAUGAAAUAAGGCAUCGUAUUGAUGCCGUACCACGUAAAAGACUGUGCAAGGAAGAUCUCAUUCAUGAUCUGGGUCGUAAAUGUCUCAUGAAUCGUAUGGAGGCACAACUCACCUAUUCCAUCAUCAAGCGUGCUUUCAAGGCGUUCUAUCACGGCACCAGCGAAGGCAGUAUUCGAAGCCCACAAUUGGAAGCGCAAUUAGCGCACUCUCAGGAGUGCCUAUGGGCGUACGCCGCCAAGCGCACAGCACAAAUCUUUGCCAGCUACGAGGGCAUGUUCUUUUCCGCUCAAAAGAAUUAUGCAUCUCUGAUAAAGUGCGUAUAUAAGAAACUGUACGAUCGCAUGAAAGCACGCACCAGUCCGCUAGUCGGUAGUGAAUGCUCGUGCGAAGCCUGUGUGCAGCGUAAAGUAGUGGAGUUGCCUAAACCGUCUAGAAGUAUGAACAGUAUCCACGGCCCCAUGCAAGGGGAUGCUGCAGGUGGCCAUGCACUGGCUAUUGUGAAUGCCAACGAGCAGGGCGAGGCAUGUAAACUUAGUCCAGGUGGCAAAGCACCAACCCAGACAGCUUCGAAAAGUUCUCUAAAUUUGCCACGCUGCUACAAAUGCAAUUGUCCAAAACUAAUUUGUGAUUGUGAGGUGGACAAGGUAACCGGAGUUUCGAGUGCAGACUGCGGUCAGGCGACAUAUCAAUGUCAAUGGGUGCGUAUGGAGGAGAAUGACGAAGAGUUGACAAAGCCAUGCCUUGAGUUACCCGAAGACCAUGAAUGUCCAAUCGAUUGUGAUGGCGAGAGUGUUAUCUGUGUUGCGGAAUGUGAAUGUGAUUGUGAGAGUUGUGAGUGCCAACCCGAAGAAUCAUCGGAUGAUGGUGAAGCGGAAGACGUGGAAGGAAAAGGUGAAGAGCAAGAUAAGCUGACAAAUGUACCAACUACCUCAACGCCGUGUAAUAUUUCUGAGCAUAAUUUACCUAUCGAAUUUUACGAUGAUUGCCGUAUACCGCGGGCACGUGUGGUCGAAGAAGAAACCGGUCAACCGACUAGGAUAGCAAGAAUAGUUGGCCAAAAAAUGGAUGAGGAGGAGCACGUCGCUGAAUCUGAGGAGAUCAAUAGGUUGUUGGGUUCAAUGAUUUAA